GUGGAAUCCGGGGAAAGUGAAAGAAAAGGGAAAGGGAAAUUAAAAGAACAGAGGAAAAAAAGAAAAAGAAAAAGCUUUUCCUUCCUCUCUUCUUCCAUUUCCUCCCCUCCUCUUUCCUCCGUCUUCCGUCUUCCUUCAUCCCGCCGCCUCACACUCACACACACACACCCACAGUCGGCUCACCACCACACCACACCACCACCACCAUCCCCCCUCGUCUGCCUUCGUUUGCUAAUUCGCGGCGUCCUAUUCACUUGCUUGGGACUGGCCCUACUUCCAUAUAGAGCCUUUCCCGUCCGCAGUAACACCGUUACCCACCAUGUCUUCCGCCGCCACCGCUCCCACCGCAAUUGCGAUUCCGAAGCAAACCUUCGUGAGAUACACCUCCUCCGGGACCGCCUCGCCUUCCAACGGCUCACGCAGCACCUCCCCCCAUUCUCCCUCGUGUUCGUCAGCGGAACAUUCACGGUCGAGCAGCCGUCGCCGGGAGUCUUUUGGCUCGAUCAAGGAAGACGUCGACGGCAUUGCGCAAUCGUUCGUCGAUACCCAUAUUGAUCAAUCCCCUCAGGAGACCGCUAAGCCUAACCCUUUUGAGAUGCAGCCGACUCCCGACUUCUGCUGCCCCUGUGGUGGCUUUUUGGGAUGGAAGCAGAUCCGUUUGGGGGGGAAGAGCUUGAGCCGCAGCUACAGUGAUCUACGUGGGCUGAACCAACUGCACUCCCGUUGGGCGUGGGAGUCGACUUCCCCGGUGGCGGAACAGCCGAGCCAGACCCUGCAGGUUCCGGAACAGCAGCAGGUGGUCGUCGUGGAAGAGAAGCCCAAGCCGGUCCCCGGAACCUCGCGCCUGGAGAAAGUCCCCCCGGAAGUGCUGGAUCAGAUUAUCUCCCUUUUGGCGCUUGACGUACCUCCCAACGGUUAUACCCCGCGGAAUGUCGAUCUUAUCUCGUGCCUUCUCACUUCCAGGACUUUGCACGCGGCUACGCUCAGCGUCUUGUAUAGGAACAUGACUUUCCCUCACUCCAUCAUCUUCUCCAAGGCCUUGAACCACAUCUCUCGCUAUCCCGCCCUGGGCACUUUGGUGCGUCGUCUCGACUUCUCUCACUUUACCUCGGUGGGUCUGGGACGUACCAAGCAGAUGAACUCGGAGAUUCAGAACCUCACUUCCAAGACAUUGCUUCAGUGCUUGGAGCUGCUGCCAAAUCUGCGCGAAUGCUUGCUUCAAGAGCACGUUGAAGGUGAUCUUAGCAUGGAAGUUAUCCGGAAGCUGUUCACAGGCCUUCCCAAUUUGUUCGCAGUUGAUUUCUGCGGCUGUUCCACCCAGUCGUUCUCCAGCCUCUUCCUCGAAGCUCUGACCGCGGGACCUGGGCUUCCGGCCGUAUUGCCCAAUCUGAAACGGGUCUCGUUGCACGAAUGCAGCAGCUUGCCGUCUGUGGCGUUCGAGAUCCUGCUUCCCCGUUUGGUGAACCUGACUCAUCUGGAUCUCACCCACACUCAGGUCAGCGAGGAUGCGUUGUUCUCUAUCCCGAAGACCGCUCAAAUCACCCAUCUCAGUCUAUCCCGAUGCAGUCGUCUUCGUGGCCCCAGGGUGGUGGAGUUCCUGACCACUCACCCCGCGGUUUGUGACUCCCUGGUGUAUCUGAACUUGUUGACCGAUCCUACGCGCUCCCGUCUCCUGGAGGAGGAAGAUGUCUCGGCUCUCCUCCCGCACCUGCCUUCCACCCUGUGCUCUCUCAACCUUGGCGGUGCGAAAGUCACCUCGGUGCACACCAAAGCCCUGGUUCCUCUGACGAAGCACUUGGAGGAAUUGGGACUGAGUUCCUGUGAACUUUCGGGCCAGGAUCUGAACCAGUUUUUCGUUCCCCCUCGACCGGCCACGGGGGCCGAGAGUGCGCCGCCCACUCCGAUUGACAGCCUUCCACCCACUCCCCUUGAGGCGGUGCCCCCGACUCCCCUUGCGGAGUGGGUUCCUCACACGCUGCGUUACCUGGAUCUGAACAAGGCGCCUCAGCUGACCAUCGGCACUGUUUUCAACCCGAAUGCCUGUGUCAUCCUUUCGCAGCAGACCUACCCUCUGCAGGUGAUCGAAUUCAGCGACAAGCUGAUCGCUCCCCUGCGCGAGAGAGCCCGGAACGCCAAAACUUCCCCCGGCUGGACGGUUCGGGAGCUCGGCCGUCGGGGCUGGUAUGUGCGCGAUCCUAGCUCGAUGCCAAACUACGCGCUGGACGAUGGUUCGCGCGACUGGAAGAUGGGUGCCAGAUGGUGGGGCAUGAGAAAAAUUCCCGUCGCCGUCGGAGAGGUCGGUGGCAUCUACGGACACUACAUGUUCAAGAAGUGAUUUCUUAUUUUGCUGCAAGUUGUGUGGAACUCUCGACUCUUUUGUCAUGAACAGUUUUAUACCCUGCUGAUGUUCGCAUGGCGCAUCUUUCGGAUGAUUAUUUGACUUGAUGAUAUUGCACGAGCGCCAAAAGUGUGGACAUGGUUUACGAUGAAGUUUUGCAUUGUGGUUGUCUGCAUAGCAAGCGAUUUUCAGCCAGCGUUAGGUAUGCCUUGACGGUCUGAUUACGGCUUGCGCUCAUGAGUGAUAUCCUUUUGUUAUGGGUUUGUUAGUUAAUUAUUGUGUAUCCUAGUCGGGCGAUUUGGAGCAUAGCGGUGAAGUUUCCUUGGUCGUUAUUAGGUUGUCCAUUAGGUGAUUAUUUCCCAACUUCAAC